AUGUUACGUCUUUUACUUCGUUAUUUUGCAAAUAGUGAGGAACUUGUUAGUAAAGUUGCUCAAUCAAGACCCAUGAGACGUGCUGCCCAAUUAACUGUUUAUUUAUUAACAAAAACAUCAUCAAUGAGUGGCACACAUAAAUUACCAUCAGAUCCAAAAGAAUUUGCAAUUCAAUUAAAAAAAAUUGCUGAAAAAUAUGCAAAUGACAUUAAAACAAGUGUUGAAAAUAGUUCAAAACAAAUGAAAAAAUAA